ACCCAAAAGUCACGUUGUGAAAUCACGUCACUAAAGCCGCACGGCAUUCGAAGGACUCUACCGCCGACACAUUCCGGAUCUUGUUCAAUUACGAAGUAAAACUGCCGCUGCUCUCCGGUGAAAUCUAUUGGGGAAUUGAAGUGUAGUGGCUGCCACUUUUUAUCAACUGUGUGUUGUCGUUGUUUGCUGGGGUCCCACGGAUUAUUCGCUCACAAAGGUAUUCAGCAGCAAGGCAAACGAUGCUCCAUAUUACCCGACAACUACAUACGGGCCAGCGAAUGCAGGCGCAGCGCUGUUCGAAGCUGAUCGAUAGCGUUCUGCGGGUGGAUCAUGCAGGUGAAGUCGGAGCAAAUCAAAUCUACCGUGGGCAGAUGGCGGUUCUUGGGCACACCAAAGCAGGCAAAACCAUUCAGCACAUGUGGGAACAGGAGAAAGUACACAAGGAGGAAUUCGAUCGGCUGCUGUACAAGUAUCGGGCAAGACCGACCGCCCUGCUGCCGUUCUGGAACGUGGCAGGUUUCGCGCUCGGUGCUGGAACGGCGCUGCUCGGCGAGAAAGCGGCGAUGGCGUGCACGGUGGCCGUCGAGUCGGUCAUAGUGGAACACUACAACGACCAGCUGCGCAAGCUGAUGGACGAUCCGACCUUUGUCGACAAGGAGCUGCUCGCGACGAUACGACGGUUCCGGGACGAGGAACAGGAACAUCACGACACGGGUCUUGAGCACGGUGCAGAGCAGGCCCCCUUCUAUCAAGCCCUUACCGACGUGAUCAAAUUUGGCUGCCGCACCGCGAUUAAGAUAGCAGAACGGGUCUAGAUUCGCGUGUCGCGUCAACGCAUUUUCAUCGAAGCACGAAAUCGGAAAAUCGAAAGCGACAGAUAGGAGGAGUCAGGGCAUCAUUUCCUUCGAGCAAGUCGGCACCUUUGUUUUUGAUUUUUGUUUGUAGUGUUUUUUUUCUUUUUUGUAUAGGAAAUAGACAAAAUUUGGAAAAGAAAAAUUUAGUUUCAUCUUCUGCAGCCAAAAUGUGAGAGAAAACGGACAGAAAGAUAAUGAAAGAGAGAGAGAGAGAGAGAGAGAGAGAGAGAAAGAGAGAGAGAGAGAAAGAGAGAGCGAAAUAAAGAAGAAGAAGCGAAAGAAAUAAAAAUAGAGAAAGCAAAUGAAGUUCAUUGAUCAAUUGUAGGUAGUAGAUCCAAGACGGAUUGGCGCCUGGUAUAGCUAGAUGGUUUGAUAGCGAACUGUGCAACAAACUGCAGCGAAUGAGUUCUUCAAUGUAAUCUUGGAUGAAGAAUCGUCUGAUGGACUCGAGUAUAGGAUGCUGUCCUAUAGGUGUGUGUAGUAGCAAUGAUAGCAUGCGGCCAAACUACGCGACCCGCACUAAACAGUUAGUGGUUCUAGUCGCCCGUAUUACUUAAUACAUGUCCCAGACCCAGGUACGCUUAAACUGGUGAUGGCAGGCCACGCUCGUUAGCGAGCAGUUACUACAACUUGCAACGCUUUGCGCGAAAACACCAUCACAUGACAGAAGAAACGAACGAUAACAUGCAGUCUGUGUGUGUGUUCGCAUAUGCACCGGUGGGAUUAGCAUUAAGUUUAUGCAAAGCAUUUGGUAGGCGGUAAAGCAGCAAGGGAAAGGAUCAUUCGACUAGGUAGAAUAUGUUUACGUGAUAUACGAAUCAAGCGAAAGAAGAUGUUUAGGACGCGUAGCGAGGGCCAGCAGAAGAGGAAAAGGGUUCUUGAGCGUUGUUGACGAUGUCGCGUUAAGGCACGACCCGAUGUUGCUGCAGAAAUCGGAAUCUUAGAAGGAGCAUAUGCGUAAACUCCUUCUACCAGAAAACAUGAAUGAAAUUGAAAAUGAAAUCCAGAGUUCU